CGAGAAAUGGAAAAAUCUCAAAGAUGCUGCGAAGUCCUAUUAUGUUGUUCCUUGUGCUAUUGUAAAACUUACUGUUUCUUAUCCGAUUUAACGGUCCUUCCAUUACCCCGAUACCGACAUCGGUGGAUUUCCCCACGGCACAACACCAUACUCGAGUAACGUGAAUCGGAUCAGCCGCCUUGCCACCGACGGUACCCCCAUACCCGAGGCAAGGCUGUCCCACCAACCCCACGUUUUACCCUGGUCUACGGCUUAUAAGAGGCUUUCCAUUGCCGUUUCUCAUGGAUCCUAUAGCUUACAUUAUUAUUUGAAACGUACGCCUCUUGCCAUGAUAUCUACGUUAUAAGUAACGGCCUUCUGAUCACACCACUCGCAAUGUCUGGCGCCCCAUCCCGACUCCAGAAGCUGGCAGCACAUUUCCUCCCUUCAAGCACCCAAGAAACCUUCACACACCGUCUCAACAACCAUGAGCUCUCACCCACAUUCUUCCUCGAGCGUGCUGCACAGAUCGAGCCGGAUGCCGAAGCCAUCCACCACACCACCGCCAACAACGUCGUCCUAAGGCGGACGUACCAAGAAUUCGCCGACCGCUCUCGCGGCUUCGCAUACUACCUCGUCAAGAAGCAGUACAAGCGGGUUGGUAUCCUCUGCCCCAAUACGCCCGCCUUCCUCGAGAGUAUUUUUGGGAUUGGCGCCGCGGGCGCAGUCAACGUCGGCGUCAAUUAUAGGCUUAAGAGCGAAGACAUUGCGUACAUCUUCAACCACGCGGAGGUUGAGGUUAUCAUCGUGGAUGCGGAGUACUUGCACCUGCUGGAUAGGUUCAAGGAGCUAUACCCACAAAUACCGUUUAUUAUCGACACAGACACAGAUGCAGUGGAGGAGAUAAGUGGGCCAUUCGAUGCUGCGGUCUUGGAAGGUUUGAGUUAUGACAAGGAAACCGGUGGCAAUGGCUGGGCGGGCCUGAAGUCGCAGUGUGACGAUGAGCAAGCCACCAUUGCAUUGGCUUAUACCUCUGGAACGACGGCCAAGCCAAAGGGUGUGGUUUACAACCACCGUGGAGCAUACCUAGCUGCCUUGGCCAAUGUCGUCGAGUCGGGCCUCAACUACCAUACUGGGCGCUGCGGGUAUCUCUGGACGCUCCCGAUGUUUCACGCUAUGGGGUGGACGUUUCCCUGGGCCGUGACGGCUGUGAGAGGGACGCACUAUUGCAUGCGUAAGAUUGACUACCCGGCGAUUUGGCACCUGCUGAAGACAGAGAAUGUGACGCAUUUCAAUGCGGCCCCGACGGUGAACACGCUUCUCUGUGCGUCUCCGGAGGCUGAGAGGUUAGAGAAGCCGGUGAGAGUCACAGUGGCUGCGAGCCCGCCGACGGCGCAUCUGUUCAAGACGAUGGAAUCGUUGAACCUGAUGCCAGUCCAUGUGUACGGCUUGACGGAAACGUACGGCCCAAUCACUAAGGGGUACCGCAUGCCGGCGUGGGAAAACUUGCCUGAAAAUGAGAAGUACGAUAAGAUGGCGAGACAGGGUCACGGUGCUAUUACCACGCUGCCGUGCCGUGUUAUCAAGACUGAACAGGCACCGGGAAUUAUCGUUGAUGUGAAGAAGGAUGGAAAAGAGAUUGGUGAGAUUGUGUUCCUUGGCAAUAUCUGCGCAAAGGAGUAUUACAAGGACCCAGAGGCUACGAGGAAGAUCUUUGAUGGCGGUGUAUUGCACUCGGGGGAUUUGGCUGUUUGGCAUGCAGAUGGGGCUAUUCAGAUUUUGGAUAGGGCGAAGGAUAUUAUCAUUAGUGGUGAGUAACCCCCCUCUGUCACGAAGCCAAAGCUAUUACUAACAGAACUCAGGUGGCGAGAAUAUCUCGUCCGUCUCUCUUGAGGGUAUGCUAGUUCAACAUCCGGAUGUCCUUGAAGCUGGUGUGGUGGCGGUCCCUGAUUCGCACUGGGGAGAGCGGCCAAAGGCCUUUGUCACGGUACAGCAAGGGAAGACACUCAAGGGAGAUGAUGUUAUCCAGUGGGCAAAGCAUAAGAGCGAUAUCAGCAAGUUCAUGGUCCCUAGGGAAGUAGAAAUCGUAGCAGAGCUGCCAAAGACGAGCACAGGUAAAGUGAAGAAGAAUGUGCUCAGGAUCUGGGCAAAGGGUACAGAUAGGAGUACUGAUUUAUAAAAAAUAAAGAAAAUAAAGAGAUUACAAAAGCCAUCCUAUAAAUUCCUGUAAGAACGAAAGAAUAAUGAGAUUAUAAAGCCGUUCGCUCCAGUCCUCUCUCCUUGAACAGCUGAC